UUAAACAUGAAGUUCUUCCAAUUCAAGUCUUUGUUUGUGGUUUAUGUUCUCUUAAACUUGCAAACUCAAUAUUUGGUUGUUGGAGAGCCUCUAGUUCCUUGUUUCUUCAUCUUUGGUGACUCGUUGUCCGACAAUGGAAACAACAAUGAUCUUGUAACUCUCGCAAAAGCAAAUUAUAUGCCUUAUGGCAUCGACUUUCCACAAGGUCCUACGGGAAGAUUUAGCAAUGGUCGAAACCUUGCUGAUUUUAUUGGUGAAAAUUUGGGGUUUGCAAGUUCUAUUCCACCCUUUGCAAGGACUAAGAAUACACAAGGAUCCGAGAGUCUACAAGGUGUAAAUUACGCAUCGGGAGCCGCAGGAAUUCGUAGGGAAACUGGACAAGCAAAGGGAAGGGUGAUAAGCUUGGACGAACAAUCGAGGAAUCACGAGUAUACAAUUUCAAAAAUUGAUAGGUUAUUGGGGAGAAAUGAAAGUGCAACAAGAACAUAUCUUCAAAGAUGUUUAUAUAUGGUUGAGAUAGGUUCCAAUGAUUACCUUAAUAAUUACUUCUCUUCACUUCCUUACACAACUAGCCUCCGAUUUUCUCCUCGAGAGUAUGCAUUGGCCUUGCUCAAACAACUCUCUUCACAAAUGAAGACUCUAUAUACUCAAGGAGCUAGAAAGGUUGCUGUUUUUGGAGUGGGGAUUUUGGGGUGUACUCCCUAUGCAACGGCUACCUAUGAUACCCAAGGAUCUCCAUGUGUGGAUAGAAUCAACGAUGCUGUUCAACUCUUCAACGUUGGCCUUAGGUCUCUUGUUCAAGACCUCAAUGCUAAUUUCACUGAUGCCAAGUAUACAUUCAUUGACACAUACCAAAUUUCCUCACAAGGUCCACCAGUUUCAUUUACCCCUUGCUGUCAAGUGAAGCUUACAGGAGAGCAAUGUGAUCCUUAUGGAAAAGUAUGUGGCAAUAGAAGUGAAGCCGUAUUUUGGGAUGGAGUUCAUCCAACUGAGAUUGCAUUCAUGGCGUUGGCUAACAGGUCCUUUAAUGCUCAAUUUCCCAAUGACACUCACCCUUUUGAUAUUAGCCAACUUGCUCAGCUGAAACUCCCAUAAAAGCUUUAGUUCCUUGGAGUGACCAUUUUCUCUUGAGUUAGAUGUUGCUUAAUAUAGUUGUAAUAUCAAUAAACGUCUAAGGAUGUUAUCUAUGAUCGAUAUACGUAUGAGCUAGAAUCGAACAUGUGUAUGAUGCUCUAUAAACUAUAGAUAUAUGGUGCUUAUGUUGGUUGUAAUAUCAAAUAAAUGUUUAAGGAUGUUAUCUAU